GUGCAAAUAAAGCGAUAUAGCGGGUCGUGGACAGCGGUCUAAAACUUUUUAUUCUGACAUGUUAGAGCAAUGACUUUCGUGUCAUUAUAAUCCUGGGACCGGGAUCCCAGCAAAGAAAUAGGGUCUUUGCUGGAAGUAGAGAAAGAAGCGCUCAUUUCGGGGUGUGGAAAACCGGACGGCGCAUUCACAGUAGACUCGGAACAAGUCAACAAAGUUAGCCUUUUCCAAAAGUAACAUUGGAAGAGUGAAAGUUACAACAUGAGCUUGUUGUCUGCCAUAGACACCAGUACCUCAGUGUACCAGCCUGCACAGCUUCUCAACUGGGUUUACCUUUCUUUACAAGACACACAUCAGACGAGUGCCUUCGAUGCCUUCCGACCCGAGCCCAACUCUUCCCACCCGGACCUGAACCACAGCAAAACUCCUGCCAAUGAUCUGAGCUCCUCUCUCAACUCCAACUAUCUCAACAGUUUCUUUCAGCUGCAGAGGAAUGAGGCCCUGAAUAAUGGUUUAUACAAAAGUGUGUCCCCAUAUGGCUCACUUAACAACAUAGUGGAUGGCCUGAAUUCUCUAACGGAUCACUUCUCUGACCUCUCCCUGUCCUCUGAGCCACGCAAGCCGAGCAAGAGACCUCCACCAAACUACCUGUGCCAUCUCUGCUUCAACAAGGGACACUAUAUCAAAGAUUGCCCUCAGGCCAGACCCAAAGGUGAAGGACUGACUCCAUACCAAGGGAAGAAGAGGUGUUUUGGUGAAUACAAGUGCCCUAAAUGCAAGAGGAAGUGGAUGAGUGGGAACUCCUGGGCCAACAUGGGACAAGAAUGCAUCAAAUGCCAUAUCAAUGUGUAUCCUCAUAAACAGGCCUAUGUGUAUGCCAUCUGUACACAUACUGUGUAAUCGUCCAAGAAGUUCUUGUGGAUGGGGCCCAGCGGGUACCCUUGAAACCUGAGACACAAACCCAAGGCAUCCAUCUAUUCCAAAUACCCCUUGAACUCUUGAGAAGGGCUCCUUUUUCAGGAAGAAUUCAUAAUCAGGGAAGCAGGCUAUUUAUAGCUUUGAAUAUAUUUCUAUUUUAUUUAAACAUUUUCCUUUCAAUUUAGAUUCGUUUUUGUUAGUUUUCAUUUUAUGAUUUUUUUAUUUAUGAUUUUUUUCUAUGAAGUGUUUUUUCUUAAUUGCUUUCUAUUUUAUUUUAUUUUUUUAGAUAUUUUAUCGUAUUUUAGGGCUGCCAAAGACAAUGCGUUAAUUUUAAUAUGUUUGAUGCCUUUACAUUUCUUUGGGCUGUUUGGUGUUACUGCUGUCUUGUGGAAUUUAUAUGUGUAAUAAAGGCGGGUUGUAAAGGUUUCAAAUUUUAUAAAGAUCAAAUUUAAAAGAUAAAACCAAAUAAUUUUUUUUUUUUUGGGUGUAAAUUAUGCCUUCAAGUUUAGCUUCAUUUUCCCAGUUAUGUUACGAAAAAUGUUUUAUUUUGUUUUAGUAACAGUUUACAAUAGGGUUGCAGUGUUUCCCCCAGGAUUUUGUGAGACUAUGGUGGGUGGACCUCAGACCCUCUAGGGUUAAAAUUUUGUACAUUUUAAAGUUAAAUGCAUCAGUCUGGUGCACUUUGAGAGCAAAUAUAAGAGGCUAGAUCUAUGAAGAACUUUGUGCUCUUGCAAACAAUUUUGUGUUCUAGUAGUAAUUUAAUCAUAAACAUUGGUUGUAUAGAUAUGAAUGGUGAUGACACGGCAAAAAAGUCACACCCACAAAGCAUGGUAAAUGAGACGGAGUUUAACGCAGUUCACAAAUGGUCAAAACACAAAAUCGACUAGAGCAUUCAUUUGAGCCAGGGCUCGACAUUAAACAUUGUCAUGUGCUUGUCCUCCAGACAAGUAAAUUGGUCAUUCACUUGCCUGAGUAAAAAAGUUACUUGUCCAGAGAGAAAAAAGGACAUUUAAGUUACAUGCUUAAGUAACAUGUCAAAGUUUAUUUUGUAUAUUUUUCUAAAAUUAUGAACGAUGCCCAACCUAAUAGUGUACCUAUGAAAUCAACUAAAUUCACUGUGAAAGAAAUGUAAACUGCACUGGUUAGGUGAGGAGGCUAUUAUCAUAUGAUCAUUAUUUUAUGUUACUUAUGGUAGUCAAAUAAAGGAAAGCCUCCAUCGCCACCAUUAACAGCAGGGGUGCUCACACUUCUAUGGAAUGAGAUCUACUUUUUCAUCAUGCUACUGCAGCAAGAUCUACCAUGUACAAUAAAGUCUAUACAUUAUCACAAUACCAAAAUAUCAGUAGUCUGUAGUGAAAUUUGACUAUUCUCAAUACCAGCUUCAAAACCACAACAAAUAAUAACACUAACUAAUAUGUUAAUUAUGGAAUAAUGGUUUCAAGUUCUUAAGUAAUUAUUCAAGACUAGUAAACAGUCAGUAAUAAAAUAAAAAUAAAAAACAGCGAUGAAUAGAAAUAGAUUAAAAAUAAUAGAACAAUAAAUACAAAUGAAGAAAAUUCAGUGCUUUUUUUUAACAGCUUUAAAAGUUUUAAACAGCAGUAGGCUAUCAAGAAUUCAAGUAAAUAUUUAGAAUGAAAUGCAACAUAAAACUACUAUGGGACUUUACUGUAUGAUUAUAAUACAUUAAUACAUUUUAAAGCUACUAAAGUUACCCAGUCAAGAGCAGUGAGCAUUUCCACGUUUUCUUGUUAUGGUUGUUUGAUUAUUAUAAUGACACACUUGACAGCAUCAGGUCUAUUAGCUUACAUUUAUACUUAAAAGUCUGACAUUUUAAUACAAAUCCACUUUUUCUCCACUGUUUACGGUCACUUUUGACAUCACUCUCUGUGUUUACAUGAAUACUUCACCAAGAUGGGUUUUUAAAUGUAUUUGACCGUUCAGGCGUGCAUUAGCGCAAGCAUUUUCAGAACACAUGCGCAUGUUCAGCACACACACAUACUCCGCCUGUCAGUCAAACAGGGCGCAGCUGUUACUAGAUCGCUAGCGAAUUAUAAAAUUACGUGCUCUUGAUUACUUUCAACAGCAGAAAAAUAUAUGAACUUUCUAAUUAGUGACACAGGUCUAGGCUAACACAAAUAUAUAUGGUUAUUUUUUUGUUAUUGACAUUUUAAUCAGUCUGCUUGUCCAUUCGGGCAAGUUAAAAUUCUCUUUCACUUGCCCCUUCAAAAAUCUACUUGUCCCAGACAAGCGUUAACGUCGAGCCCUGUGAGCAAUCAAAGAAAUGAGGCAAAAGUGGUUACCUGUGUGUUCGACAGAUGCUGAUACAUUGUCAGAGCCGCUGGUAAAAACGUUAACGUUAGAUAAUUGGUUCCAGUGCGUGUGUGUGUGAGCAUGUGUGCGUGCAGCGGAGGGUGGGGUUGAGGCUGACUGGCUGGGAGUGAGAGAUGCUUUGCCGAAGCAAGGGCGCAAAACACAACAUUAGAGAUCUUUUAUGUUAUUAUGAGAAGUGUAAAAAUAUUUCCGCCACAGUCUAGGUAAUUAAUGGGAAACACUGGAUUGUAUUUGUUAUCAUCGUUGAACACAAUAGUUACCGUAAACUAACAAUGAACAAUACUUUUACAGCAUUUAUUAAUCUUGGUUCAUGUUAAAGGAAUAUUUCGGGUUCAAUACAAGUUAAGGUCAAUCGACAGCAUCUGUGGCAUAAUGUUAUUUUGACUUGUCCCUCCUUUUCUUAAAAAAAACCAAACAAAAGCAAAAAUCCAGGUUACAGUGAGCCACUAACAAUGGAAGUGAAUGUGGCAAAUUUUUGGAGGGUUUAAAGGCAGAAAUGUGAAGCUAAUAAUUUUCUAAAAGCACUUACAUUUAUUUUUCUGUUAAAACUUAUGUAUUAUUUGAGCAGUAAAGUUGUUUAAAUUGUCAUUUUUACAGUCGUUUUAAGGUUUUAGGGUUUGUUGACAUUACAUCGUCAUGGCAACGAAAUUGUAAAAUUGGCUAUAAUUUUACACAUUAGUAAGUGAUUUAUCACACUAAAAUCAUGUUUACAUGCAUAUUUAUCUCUUGUGGCUAAUCUUUUGAAACAGUAAGUAUUUUAAUGUUCAAAUAUUGGCCCCCAUUCACUUUCCUUUUUUUUUUUCUCCCCUUUUCUACCAAAUUUGGCAUGCCCAAUUCCCAAUGCGCUCUAGGUCCUCAUGGUGGCGCAGUGACUCACCUCAAUCCGGGUGGUGGAGGACGAAUCUCAGUUGCCUUUGCAUCUGAGACCGUCAAUCCGCGCAUCUUAUCACGUGGCUUGUUGAGCACAUUACUGUGAAGACGUAGCGCGUGUGAAAGCUUCACGCUGUUCUCCGUGGCAUCCACGCACAACUAACCACACGCCCCACCUUGAGCGAGAACCACAUUAUAGCGACCACGAGGAGGUUACCCCAUGUGACUCUACCCUCCCUAGCAACCGGGCCAAUUUGGUUGCUUAGGAAACCUGGCUGGAGUCACUCAGCUUGCCCUGGAUUCGAACUCACGACUCUAGGUGUGCCCUGGAUUCGAACUCGUGACUCAAGGUGUAGUAGUCAGUGUCUUUACUUGCUGAGCCACCCAGGCCCCGAUGUUUUCAUUUUUUUAAAGAAAAGGUCAAAAUACAUUUUUGUGGUGAUCAACAUUAUGCCACAAAUGCUGUAGAUUGAGCUUAACUUGUAUUGAACCCAGAAUAUUCCUUUAAUUUCUACUUAUACUAAUUAGUUUUUUUACAUUAAAAGAUUUGUUAACUUAAGUUAACUAACAAUGAAUAAUAGUAUUUUGAUGAAUUACAUUACCUAAAAUUAAUAAAUGCUAUAUAAAAAAAAGUAUCUGCGAGUUCAUGAUACUGAAAGCAUGAACUAAUAUUAAUGAAUAGAACUUUACUGUAAAGUGUUAACUGUUUUUGUUAACGAUAAAACACUGCAAAAGAGUAUGGAUACACUACACAGUAAGAUAAAUGUAUGAAUAGAAACAAUUAAUGAUAUCAUGAUUAAGUGCAUAGUCACUGGUUAACCAUGAAUUUAAGCACUACACUACACAGUUCACGGAAGUAUGCAUAAAAAUGGAUAUGUUUUGCAGCUCUAGGGACACAUUCAUUUCAAUGAAUUUUACUGUAAAUAAUUUUGCAUCCAAAUGCAUUAGCAGCCAUUAUACAGAAGGAGCUGUUGGCGAAUUCUUUAGCUUUUCAGUCUUACCCACUUAACAUGUUUCCUGCAGUAAGCAUAUGAGAUGUGCAGCUCACUGCAAUAUAUAACAAAAAGCCUUUAAGGAUUUGCAGCUGGUUCUCCUUCGCUGAAACUCAAGCAAAUGUACGAAAAUUCAGUUUUUAUUGUUUUCUCAUAAUUCCAAGAUGUGGAGUAAUGAAAUCAUUCAAUGCUCCAAAUCUUACACUGUAAAGUAUAUCUCCAACAGUUCCUAUUGGGCAAUUGAGUGAAAAUAUCUCUGUUGCACCAAUACCACGUUGUUGUAUUAAAUAGUCAGACUUGUGCCAAAAUUUUCUCAGGGAGGUAGGCGUCUGGAGAUCCCUGCUUUUAUCAUUUUCAUAUUUAACGACAUAUACAGGGAACUAGACAGACAUCUUUACAGUAUGAGAGCAGACAUGGAACAGAGGUAUUAUAUAAAGUCCUUUUUCAUUUUUGGCAGGAAUUCAUUAAGAGCAUCAGACCAUUGUAGCCAAAUUAUUAAUUUGCAGAGGUAUUAGACUUUUCCUCAUAGUAUUAUUCACAAAAGCUUUUGGCUCUUGAGCUAACACUCCCUCGGGUUACAGCGCUGUCUCCUCCCAAUGGCCCAUUGUAACCUGGUUUACCGUAAUUCUCAGAGUGCAGCUGAGAUGUACAGGAAGGAAUAACAAGAUUGUAAAAUGAUCUUCAAAAAGCAAUGGGUGGGAAAAAAAUUAUUGCAGAAGUAUUAUUUGUGAUCAACAACCAAAAAGAUUUGGCUUACACAUAUUCUCAGUGUUUUUUGCAUUACGUCCAAGACAAAGAUUCAAUACAGAGUCUUCCCUCGCUGGUUGUCAUGCUGGCUUUGUAUCUCGAGCAAUGGAAUCCUGUAGGCACCUACAUUAGCUUUGGAUCCUUUGUACAAUCAACUGAUGUGCAGUAUAAUUGGGGAAAAAAAAUUAAGUAUUAAUAACAAAACGUACUGCUGGCAAGGAUUAAACACACAACAAGAAUAAAUUGGCUCUUGAUAUCAGUCCUAAACAAAUUUUUGACACACCCCUGCGGUUGGUCCAUUGCGGUUUGAAACUUGGACUUACAAGAUCCUGAAAUUUUUUCUUCCAAAACCAUAUCUCCAUAGAGUCUAGCCAGAUGUUGAAACAAAUCUCAGAAUUCAACCUGAAAGAUACUGUGGCCAGAAAUGUACAUGCUACUGUUAUUAUAUUUUGAAUGUCAUUUUUAUUUCUUUUUUAUUUUCAGUGUGUGCUUUCAAUUUAGUUUAGAUUUUAGUUUUCACUAUAUGACGUUUAGUUUACAGUGUUUUCUAGUUUUAGUUUUUCAGUAUAUUUAGUUUUCAUUUUAGUUUUAGUAUUUUUCAAAUAGUUUAAAAAAUUUAAUUAAAAUGUAUAUCUAAAUCUAAAAUUAAUUUAUGGUCAUCUUUAAUUAUUUUAGUUCAAGGAAUGUUCCAGGUUCAAUACAAGUUAAGCUCAAUCGACAUAAUUUGUGGCAUAAUGUUGAUUACCAAAAUAAUAAUAAUAAUAAUAAUAAUAAUAAUUUUGACUCGUUAAUUUAAAAUAAAGAAAACCAAGCAAACAUUGCAGUUAUAUUAAGGUAGGCCUACUUACAAUGAAAGUGAAUGGGGCCAGUCCAUAAAGAUUCAAAUGCACACUGUUUCAAAACUAUAGCCUCAAGAUUUAAAAAUUAAACAUGUUAAAAGUUCUGUAAGUGAUUUUAGCUGUUCUAGAACUCCUACAAGCUGAGCCGUUGGAUAAGCCACGACCCCUUUCCAAAAACCCGCACUCCAAAGAUAUCAAAUGAGCUUUAUUGAGACAGAUAUUGAGCAGAAACAGAUGAGCAGCAAAAUAGCGCCCUCAACUGACAACUGUUAUGAGCAACAUGGCAUAAAAAUGGCUUUAAGCUUCAAUAAUUCGCUGCAACUACAAUACUGAGAAUGCGAAAAAUGACUGACAGGCAGAAAUCGUAAUUGAACACGGCCCGUGGACACAUUUUUGUUUGCUGUUUACAGAGUCUAGAUCUGUCACAGAACCAGUGAGAUAUCUCAUGACACUUAUUUCAUUAACUUCUUUCCAUGAAAAAAUUGGCUUACAGCACCUUUAACAUGAUUUUAGUGUGCUUAAAAUGGCCAACUAAUUAUCUGUGUAAUUAUAACUAAUUAAGUUAUCUGUCUGUCAAGUUAUAUCCAAUAUGUCGCCCAUCCAUUUCUUUAAAUAAAGCAAAACUCAAGGUUAAAGUGAGUGAGGCACUUACAAAAGAAGUGAAUGGGGCCAAUUUUUUUUAAUGUUUAAAGGCAGAAAUAUGAAGCUUAUAAUUUUAUAAAAGCACUUAUAUUAAUUCUUCUGUUAAAACUCAUGUAUUAUUUGAGCAGUAAACUUUUUUAAAUCGUCAUAUUUAUAGUCGUUUAAGGGUUUGUUGACAAUACAUCUUCAUGGCAACGAAGUUGUAAAAUUGGCUAUAACUUUACAUGGAAACAUUUUAUUUCAAUCAACAAUAAUUGUAUUUUCUUUCCAUUUUAGUUUACAACAAUAACUCUGGUUCAUGCACUCAAAAGUGUGAUUGACGUUCUUUUGUUCUCAGCGUCCUUUAGAGAAACCUGAUGGCCUGGACGUUUCUGACCAGAGCAAAGAGCACCCGCAACAUCUGUGUGAGAAGUGUAAAGUCUUGGGCUACUACUGCCGCCGUGUGCAAUAAGGAGGUUCCCUGAAGUCCCCGUUGUCUCCUUCCUUCCUCUACCCCCCUUUCCCUUUGCUUUGCCUACCAAGCACUCCAAGAAAAAGUGAAAAGUGCCAAAAUAUUAAUGUAAAUAUAUCUAAUGAUAGUAACGGCUUUGUUUAUCAGCAGCAUGCGACACAUUUAGCCUUCAUAUGUGUAUAAUGGACGAUUGAAAACGUUUGGAACCGAUGUCACUGACAGUAUUUCUUUCCAUACAGGACGCAAUGAAUUACCUCACCAUUGCGUCCCCUGAUUGUGUGUUUACAGACUUUCCUUUCAUUCUCCCUGCCAAGUGAACUAUGAGGAUGUGCCGAGUGAUAAAGGUGUUGCAUUAGUUCACUCAAACAAGGGCCCAGUGUGCCUAUGCAGAGUUUUUUUUUUGGGUCAAUAGCACAUCAUAUUAACUGUGAAUUAACAGAGGGAUAGUUGAUUUUCCAUCCCUAGCUUUUGUGUCACAUAUUUAUUUGUUAUGUUUGUAUAUCGCAUCAUAGUGCAAUGGAAUUAACGAAACUGGGAUAAUUACAUAUGGUUUUAUAUGUAGACAGAUAUGAUCUAAUCCCACCUCUUGCCAUUAGAAACUACUGUAGUACAGAAUUUUCGAAUGCUUCGAUUUAGCUGCGUCAGGUAGUUUAUAUCUUUCACAUAAAUGAAUGAAUUGCCAAAUGCUAGAAAAUUUUGUGAAGCCAGCUAUAUGUAGCCCUGGAGGCACCCAAAACAUUUUCAUCGAGUUGUUGGCAACUAUGCAAAAUCAUAACAAAUUAUGCAGAGUCAUUAAUUCCUUUACGUUGUCUAACUGUCGCUAAGUUGUAUGAAGUGUGUGGAUGUUAAAAACAAAGCCAUGGCUAGCUAACGUGCGGAACUGCCAUUAUCGUCCUUUGAAAUGUGAUUAUGACUUGUUGCCAGAGAACUGCUUCAAUUGUCUUAGAAUCCCAGGUAAAAAAAAAUUCAUACAGGGGUCAAGCGUUGAGAUUUUCGGUCCAGGUGCUACCAUUUAAAAAUGGUUAGAAAACCGUUCUUUAUAGUUAUUUGCCUCAGGAUAGAGAGUGUAUUUGAAUUACACAUCUCAGAUGAACCAGUGCUCAUGAAUCUUAUAUGAACACUGCUCUGAAAAAAGGUUGUAUGUUAAUUUAGGCCUUACUAUUUAGGAGUACAACCUAUAUAUCUUUACAAUAUAUGGUAUGCAAACAUUUAAAAUGAUUCAUUCACAUAAAUUAAUUUGACUAGAGACCCUUGCACUAAAACAUGUUUUAAUUAACUAAAUUCUCUGCAGUUUACACAAUCAUUUUGAAUGUGCAUCCGCAUAUUUCAGAAAUGAAAUCCACUUUAAUGCCUUUUUGGCAUUGUACACGUUUUAUUAAAGGGAUAGCUCAUCCAAACUGUCCCAAAUUAACAUUCUGUCAUCAUUUAAUCACCCAUGUUGUUCCAAAUGACUUUUUUUUCUUCAAUGGCUUAGUCACCCUUCACUUCAUUAAAUAAGUAAAUGUAAAUGGUACAACAUUCUAACUAACAUCUUUUGUGUUCCACAGAAGAAAGUAAGUCAUACGGAACAACUUGUCGGUAAGUAAAUUAUAAUCAUUUCUGUGUGAACUAUCCCUUUAAGCAUUGCCUAAUGUCUAUGCAUUAGUUGCAAACGUAACUGUUGGCUGGCAAAAGAUGAAUUACACUCUGUUGAUACUGUGAUUUUUGGGAAAUAUUUUCUAUCUGAGUGGACGAUACAUGAUUGUAAAGGGAAAAGAAGGAUAACGUAAGUAAAGCUGAAGAGUCUUUAGAGAUGUAAUCUGACAACACGUUGGGUACAUUUGAUUAGUCAGAAGAUGUAUUUGAGAGCAUUAUGAUGGGAGCACGUUAACAUUUGGAUGGAAGGAAGUGUCUACAGGAUAAAACAGCUCAACUUUGCGCCAUUUACCUCUUGUUAUGGCUUACAUCAAGUACUAAUUGGUCAUAUUUGACUGUGACCCAGGAUCAUCUAAUAUUAAAUGUAGCUUUACAUGUUUGGAUGGUAAAAUGUAGACAGAUUUUGUGAGAACUUUUCUAAUUGAGGUCAUUGCGUUGUUAAUCCUAGAUGUAAAUAUGAAGUUGAACGCAUUUACAUGGUAAAUACAAUGUGUAUAAUUGUUUACUUAAAUUUGCAGUCCACAUAUUUUGUAUUGUCUGAAUAUUCUUUAAUGUUUCAAACUCAGUUUGAUAUUAAUCUUGUCAGAAGGGAACGUCUAGUGCCUUAGUUGAGUAGCACGGUUUGGUCAUCCAAGGAUUGGAACAGAUUGGAUGGCUGAAAAUGUAAACCAGGUAAUUAUUCUUUUUGCUUUAGUAAUGAAUUUGGAGACAUUACAUUAUGAUUUUGCCAUUUUUAUGGUAAGUUCAUACAAACAAUCAUCCGCUAGAUCACUGUUGAAUAAAGAUCAAGGCUGUCUCUGUAAGUUGAUGCUACUUUGUUCUCAGAACACCAUAAUUGUUUCUUAGUAACUGUAUUUUUCACAGUGUUCUGGUGUUGCUAAUGGCUCCAUUGUGCUUACAUUCUUACAUGCCAAGGUUUACUACAAGCCUCAUUUAGGCUGGAAUGAGUUACUCUACUUUUUGAUAAACACCAUAAUGAAUGGUGUAAUGUAAAUAACCAGUAAAAUGAAUGAUCGCCCAUAGCUUUUAAUUGUAAUGGUUUCCUUGCAUCUUUAGGAUCAGUUUCUUUUAUUUUUUUAGUUCUGUCAACCUGAAUAGAUGAUCUAAUGCACAACCGUCGAUCAAGGCCUCAUUAUAAAACUCUCUUUAUUAGUUCAAAAUAGUUGCAUUGCACUAUAUACAAAGACUGUUCCCAGAUUUCCUCAUUGACUUAAUGAUAACCAGCCUGAGUUUUGUAAAUGUUGAAGACAGAUAUACACAAAUGAGAUUAUUGUUUAUUUGUUGCGAGCUUCCCCUAAUUUAGUGUCCUAGUAUGUUUUUUGUCUCUGCUUUAUUGAACGAAAGACAGAGCUUGUGGUAUGUACAUGCAUUUAAAACUAAGUAAUUACAAAGUGCUUUUUUUGCGCACGUGUGUCUUGAAAAACAUAUACUUGACUUUUAUAGUUCACUUUCAGUAUAAACAUGUUAUUUUAUAUUAAAGGUAUGUGUAUUUUGGAAACAAUAUAGAAAAUGAAGAUUUUGGAGCAAUUUGAUAUCCAGACAAGAUGUUUUUUCCCUUACAAAGAUAUUAAAGUAUUUUGUGUAUAUAUUCGAUUGCCAUCAUUAUCAAGUUAGCUCUUUCAAAAUGUUAUGAUGCAAUAUUAAAACUUUGUAUGUGGGAAAAAAAGGGCGAAUUUCUGAAAUGCAAAAGAGCUGGGAGGUUUUUUAUUUUCUUUUCUCUUUUGUUGUUUUGUUUUACAAUAAUCUUUGGUUAUAUCCUACAGAAAUAUUUAUGGAAGGAUUUUGUUCUUUUUUUUAACAGUUCAAUUCUUUUUUUGUAUAAAAUAUGCAACAAAAGCUACUCUAUGAAGAAAAUAGUGAUGACUACAUAGAAUAUUAUUCAAAAGUUGGUACAUAAUUAUUAUGCCCUUACAAGCCAUUUUAUUUGUGUUUUGUUGUUUUAGAUGUUAUUGGUAUAUAGUAACCUUACCUAUUACAAGCAUACAUGUGUGUUUAGAAUUACUGUUUGCUAUACAGCAUGAAUGUUUUGAAUUGCAGUUAUAGGAAAGUUGUAACACAUUUGUUCUAACAUCGUAGAAACAUAAUAGAGACUGACUCGCACACUGUCAUAGGGCCUUUUUUACUGAGAUGUUUAUUCUACACAAAGGAGUGGGGUAAAGAGCAAAAGAUGUGACUAGCUCCAUCGACCAUAUCACUGAAUUGCAUUUACAAACCUUUUACAUUUACUAAAUGUUAUUGUAAAUUAGGCCCAUACUGUAUGAAACUGUGAGCUCUAGAUAGCCAUGUCUCCAGUUACUGCCAAGUCCAGGAAUGAUGUCGAAAUGUUUUUCUAAUAUGUAAAAAUGGAAAAAUCUAAGACUUUUUUUCAAAGUGUGGGACUGAAGUUUGCAUGUGCAUGUUUUUUUAAACAAUUCAAGAAAUGUAACUGUGCAAUGUAUUCUUAUUCAUUUUUAAUUCUUGGUGAGAUAUCUUUUGUAGAAUACAUCUCUCUAAUCGUAAGUCAUUAAUACAUGCCUUUAUUCACUACUAGGAUAACCAAAACCAUUAAUCCAGUACCAAGUUACUGAAUGUACUGAUUUAACUCUCAUGUGACAAAGUAGAAAUUAAUGUUUAUAAUGUCUGUAUAAUAUUUGUCAUGUGGAUCAUAUUGGAUUGGACAGAGUAACAGAAAGGAUUGAAGAAGGAAUGUAUUAGAAAGUGAAGAGAGAUCUAAAUCUGUUGCUCAGUGUCCAUGAAACGGCAUUCCGAUAUGUGCCUUAUUUGAUAGUUAGGAAAACUGAAGACUGUGCUUUUAGAAGUUUGUUCAAUUAAAACAUGGACUCUAAAUGAA